ACCACCUCACCCCCAUCGCCCGUCUCCCCCACGAGGUGUAUAAAACCGCCGCUCUUCAAGGAAGUAAAGCAGACGGCAAGAAGUCAGCGGCAAGAAAAACCUUUUGCAUCCUCAUCACUCCUCAGCAGCAGCAGCAGCAGCAGCAGCAGGUAACGUGAAGAUGCCGACCCACGAAGCCUUCGAGUCGGCGGGGAAGCGUCCCGGCCUUCAGAUUUGGCGCGUGGAGAAGAUGGACUUGGGGGAAGUCCCCGCCCAACUGCACGGAAGCUUCUUCAUGGGGGAUUCCUACAUCGUCCUCCACACCAGCCCCGCCCAGUCUUACAACGUGCACGCUUGGAUCGGCGAGCAGACGUCCCUGGACGAGAAAAUCGCCGCCACCAUUUUGAUGGUGCAGCUGGACGACCGCCUGAAAGGCGCCGCCGUUCAGUUCACCGAGUACCAGGGGGAAGAGUCGGUGGACUUCCUCGGAUACUUCAAAAAGGGACUCAAGUACCAGAAAGGGGGCGUGGCCUCCGGCUUCCAAAACGUGGUGCCCAACGAGGCGGACGUCAAGCGUCUGCUGCACGUGAAAGGGCGCCAGCGGGUGCGCGCCACCGAGGUGGACCUGACCUGGGCCAGCUUCAACAAGGGCGACUGCUUCAUCAUCGACCUGGGCAAGAACAUCUACCACUGGUCGGGUAGCGAGAGCAACCGCUACGAGCGCUUGAAGACCACGCAGCUCGCCCUCGACAUCCGAGACAACGAGCGGCGAGGGCGCGCCCAGGUGCACAUGAUCGACGAGGGAGACGAGCCCGAGGAGGUCGUCAAGGUUCUGGGAGCGAAGCCCGACCUGCCUCCGGGACCUUCCGAUGCGCACGCGGCGCAGACGGACAGACAUCCGGCGUCGCUCUACAUGGUGUCCAACGCUACGGGCAAGAUGACGGUGAAGGAGGUGGCCCCGAGGAACCCCUUCAAGCAGGCCACGCUUUCCAGCAGUGAGUGCUACAUCCUGGACAACGGCCAAGAUCACAAGAUCUUCUUCUGGAAAGGUCGCGACUCCAACGCGGAAGAGCGCAAAGCCGCGCUGAGCACGGCCGACAAGUUCAUCAAGGACAAGAACUACUCGGCCAAGUGUCAGGUCCAGGUUCUGCCGCAAGGGGCCGAGAGCACCCUGUUCAAGGACUUCUUUGAGAACUGGAUGGACAAAGACGAGAGCACGGGUGUGAGUCAGGCGCACGCCAAGGGCAGAAUCGCCCGGGUUCAACAGAUCCCUUUCGACGCCUCCGGUCUCCACGGCAACAAGGUCAUGGCCGCGCAGCACGGCAUGCCCGACGACGGAUCGGGGAAAGUGCAGGUGUGGCGCGUGGAGGGCGGCGACAAGGUUCCGGUGGACGCGGCCGCCCUUGGCCAGUUCUUCGGCGGCGACUGCUACCUGCUGCUGUACUCGUACAAGUUGGACGGCAGAGAGAAGCACAUCAUCUACAUCUGGCAAGGAAUCAAGAGCAGUAAAGAUGAGCUGGGAGCCUCCGCCAUCUUGGCCGUCGCCCUGGACAACUCCAUGGGAGGCGUGGCUACGCAGGUGCGUGUGACUCAGGGCCAAGAACCUCCUCACCUGCUGAGCCUGUUCGGGGGCAAGCCCCUGGUGGUGCACCUGGGCGGGACGUCCCGCAAGGGCGGCAACAGCGAUCCCAGCACCACCCGCCUCUUCCACAUCCGACAGAGCUCCACCAAGGCCGUCCGGGCCGUGGAGGUGGCGGCGGACGCGUCCUCUCUCAACUCCAACGACGCAUUUGUGCUGAAGUGGCCCAAGGGGACCUUUGUGUGGAAGGGUCGCGGGGCCACGCCGGAGGAGCUGGCCGCCGCCAAACAUGUGCUUGGCAUCCUGGGCGGCGGCACCCCCGUGGAGGUGGCCGAGACCAAGGAGCCCGAGAACUUCUGGAAGGUGCUGGGCGGCCGCAAGGACUACCAAACCUCGCUGACCCUCCAGACGGCCAAAGUGUGGCGACCCAGACUCUUUGAAUGCUCCAACGCCAGCGGACGCAUCCACGUGGAGGAGGUCCCCGGAGAUUUGGACCAGCUGGACCUGGAGACCGACGAUGUCAUGAUUCUGGACACGCACUGCCAGCUCUUCGUGUGGAUCGGCAAGGACGCCAACGAGACGGAGAAAAAAGGAGCGGCGCGCAUCGCCGAGGAGUACUUGAAGUCGGACCCGAGCGGCCGCCGCGGGACUCCCGUCAGUACCGUCAAACAGGGCGAGGAGCCGCCCUCCUUCACCGGCUGGUUCCUGGCCUGGGACCCCACCCUGUGGGACAAAGACCCCCUGGUCAUCUUCGGCGCGCGUUGAGCCGCAAAUCGCUUCGCCUCGUCGCGCGCUCCGGCGCCGCCUGCCUUUUUUGUCACUUCUGACCCAGUGGGCGGAGUCAUCUCGCUCGCUCAUCAUCUCUCAUCUCUCAGCU